AUGCCACUAUCGAACAGGCGCCGCGCGCGGCGCAAGGAAAUCCAACUACAAGAGACCUCAGAUGCGGAAGCUCCGGACUCCUCACCUACAAGGCCGUCAAAUAAAAAGCGCAAGGUCGAACGGACCUCCCCUCAUCCCCGUCCCCCCAAGACUGGAGAAUCCGCUGACGAGGCGGACCACUCGUCCCCGGAACAUGAACUAUCGGAGAACCAGGACCUUGUGGAUAUGGUGAUAUCGUACCUCGACGCCGCCCGCGAAGAAGUGCGCGUGAUACGUGAUCACUCCAACACGAAGACAGAGAACAAGCAGAGUAUCCGUGCCUAUGCAAAGAUCGCCGGCCGCAACUGGACAUACUAUGUCAAAACUCUCCAUGUCAACAUUGGGCGCGAACCGGAUCGUGAACAGAAGCUAGAUGAGCAGUCAAGCCCUGUGACGAUCGCUGCACGGGCACUGCCAGAGGUGAAUGUGGAUUUAGGACCUAGCAAGUUCGUAUCCCGUCUGCAUGCUGAGAUCUUUUACGACGGCGAGGAGACGGCCUCCUGGCAUAUCCGUGUGAAUGGUCGUAACGGCGUCCGGUUGAACAAUGCCAUCCUGAAGCGCGGCACUGAUGCGAUCCUUUCGUGUGGUGAUAUCAUUGAAAUUGCCAACACCCAAAUGAUGUUCGUUACUCCAGGCGAUAAAGCCAACAUCCAUCCCAGUUUCGUCCAACGCGCGCAGCGCCUUGCCAACGGUGAAGAGGAUGUCGCCGCGUGGGACGCUUCGCAACAUGCCCAUCCCCACCCUGCGCCGUCGGGUGCCCCCGAGACUACUCGCCCUCCAACCGGCCAACCGUCUUUGGCGCCAGCACCGCAUUUCCUCAAGCGCCAAGUAACGCCGCCGCCACGGUCCCCCGACACUGUUGGUGUCCGGACCGCCAAACAGUCCCCGUUAUAUAACCGAGGCAUGAUGAUGGAGAGCACGGAGGAGAUUGACUACAGCAAGGACUCGGCCAAGGACCUGAAGCCCCCCUACAGCUAUGCCACGUUGAUCGCGCAAGCAAUCUUCUCUAGCGAAGAAGAAAAGCUAACCCUCAACAACAUUUACAAUUGGAUCAUGGACAAGUAUGCAUUCUAUCGUCACUCUCAGAGCGGAUGGCAGAAUUCGAUUCGACAUAACUUAUCCCUGAACAAGGCUUUCCAAAAAGUGCCCCGCCGUACCGAUGAACCAGGAAAAGGAAUGAAGUGGCAGAUUGCCCCUGAGUACCGCGAGGAAUAUUGGAAGAAGCAGCUCCGUAAGGGGACACAGUCGUCGGCACCGUCCUCCCCCGCCACCAGGGAUCCAGCCACGCGUGGCGCCAAUGGUAUGGAGGCGGUUUUUUCCAGCAAGAAGUCACCUCCAGUGUCAUCCCCCGGGUUUAGCUCUUUCCCCGUCGCCCCGGUUGAGGCAUACACGCCGGAACGGGGUUCACGGGCAAGCCGGACCGGCCCCCAGGAUCAUCCUCUCCGCCCACCUGUUCGAGACUACGAGGAGCCGUCCCCCUUGCCUGCGCGCUCAGCUAUUAAGAACAGCAGCAAUGGUACAAGCCUCCGGUAUGGACUGUCUGAUAAUGUAGCUUCUCCGCCGAUCUUAUCGUCCUCCUAUUAUGACGAAGGCCCGUCGUCCAUGAUCACACCAGCACCACAACGACAGCAACCGCGCCUGCCUCCGCCUAGCACCGCGCAAAUUCCAUCCAAGUUCAUGCCCAUGAGCUCGCCAGCACAGUUCUGGAAGUUUGCAGAUAUUGGUAGUACGCCCGCCCGCCCGGUUCCCGACAUGAGCCCGCUCAAGGGAGACCCUGGGGAUGGGCUGGGCAGCAUUCCGAGUAGCAGUCCGCCACCUCCGAAUUUGGUCAGCCCUAGUAAACCAGGUACAGUCAACGGCCUAAGCACCGGACGAUCACUGCCCCCGCGGCGUGAGCAUGAUUCGGCGGUCCGGUCAGCCGCGAACGGGGCGGGUCGGGAUCUCGGAGAUGAUGAAGAUGAAGAUGAUGGAGGUGGGUUUGAUCUUGCGAGGGGCUUUCAACCGAUUGGAUCGUACCAUCGGCAGUUGAGCAACGCCGCUCGCACCAGCGCUGCAACUUCCUAA